AUGUCUCCUAUAAAAUCAGCGGUGCUUUGCACUUUGCUUUGGGCUUGUUUAGCCUUCGGCCUUGUUGCAAGAGAUCAGAACAAUUACUAUGAUCCAUUGACCAAAGCCCAAACAGCAAAUCUCAAGCGAGCUGACAAGGUUCCCUUAAGAAUCCUGCCUCUUGGAGCAUCUCUGACAUGGGGCCUCCUCUCCGAAAGCGGGAACGGCUAUCGGAAGUCUCUCCGCGAUGCCUUGCGAUUUGACGGUUGGGAGGUAGACAUGGUCGGAAGCAGGAACAACGGUACAAUGGAAGAUAAUGAUGUUGAAGCCAAAUCCGGCAACACAAUUGAGAUGGUUCAAGCUGCUUCGGUGAAUUCGCUUCAUUAUCGUCCCAAUGUCGUUCUUAUCAAUGCUGGCACCAACGAUUGUCGCCUUGCGAUCGAUAUGCCAAACACUUCGGAGCGAAUGAAAGUCCUCAUCGACAGUCUGCUUAAGGCGGAUGGUAUGGACAAGACUACUAUCAUUCUGUCGACCCUCAUUCCCUCCACGGAGGUCAACACAACAAAGUUUCGCCCGGACGUGAACAACCAGUUCCGAGAGCUUGCUGUGAAGCUGCGAAGCAAAGGAUAUCCCAUCGUACUCGCCGAUAUGGAUCCCGAGAAACCGGAUCCUGGCAAUGGAUGGAUUGUAUCCCCGGCAGACUUUCAACAUGGCGACUCAGUUGACGAUACCCAUCCCAACGAGCACGGAUAUGCCAAGAUGGCAUAUGUGUGGUAUAAGGCCAUUCAAGCGGCCGAUGACGCUGGAUUUUUGAAGUCACCAAACAAAUUGGAUCCGGAAGACGAGAAAGGCGGAGUGUGUGUGAAGGAGUAUGGAGAUGGUGUGUCUGCGGGAGGUCUGACACAACGGGGAAGUGGGGAGGACGAUGGGAUUUACCAACAUUCUUCAGCCUCCAAGGGGAUAGUACUUUCUGUUGUCAGCAAAGCGGAUCAAAACCAGUGGUUCUUUGCAAGAUUAUUCCGACGCGAUCGAGACGAUCUUUUGGGAUGGUUCGAAAAGGACGAUGGAUCCGUUGCGUAUGGCACUUGGAGAAACACUGGAAAGGAUUCCGACAGAUUCGUCAAAAUCGCGGAUACUUCGGUCGAUGACAACUGCAUUCAGGCAGGUGUGAACUUUAUCGAUAUCAAUGGUGACGGACUGGACGAUUUCGUCUGUAUCGCGAAAGACGGCACAGCUUAUGCCUCUGUGAACAAAGGAGACGGGACUGAUUCCAAGCCACCAACUUUCAAAUCCAUCGGCAAAAUCAAAGACCACGAGAAUCACCCGCAGGAGCGCGUCCGAUUGGCCGAUAUUGAUGGAGAUGGGCGCGCCGACUAUUGCGUACUCGCCGAUAAUGGCGAUAUCACUUGCUGGCGCAACGGGUGGAUUGAUGACGUCCCCAAGUACUGGCAGCCGCUGGGUAAACGUUUCAGUGGUAAAGACAUGGGAGACAUCAGGGGUGUGCGGUUCGAGGACAUCAACGGAGAUGGACGUGAUGACUGGCUCUGGCUAGACGAUGUCGGCAAAACGACCACUUAUACCAACUCGCGAAGCUGUCAAAAGGGCAAGGAGGGCGAUGGUCUUAAUGUUGCGUGGCGACAGGGAUUCAUGAAAGGAGCCACGUCUGGUCCUACCCACCAAGGCAUGACUGGCUUUGGCGACAAAGGUCUGCGUGACAGGAUUCAUUUUGCCAGGAUCUAUGGUGAGCCACAAGACUUUGGAUUGCUUGGACGACAAGAUUACGUCUUCAUGGAGCACGUGAAAGAAGAUGGUAACCACCGAUUCAACAUGCGCGUUUGGAAAAACACGGGUAGUGGCUCUACCAAGCUGCGCGCCGACGGAAACGCAUAUUGCAACAUGCUCGGUCAUGAUAACGGCAUGAUGGACUACGUCUGGAUGUCAUCAAAGGGGAAAAUGCGCGUCUAUGAGAACAGGGGUGAGACAACAGUGAAGGAUGAUGGCACUAGUUUCUGGGGCAACAAUUACAUCAUGUUUGACCCGACAAAGCAAAGCAUCGCGAAGGAGCUAGAUCGUCGCGAUCUUCAUCUCAUUGACUGGGAUGGUGACGGCGCCUGUGAUAUUGUAUGGACCGACCCCGACAAUGACAACCGUGUCAAGCUGUGGCGAAACCGCAUCAAGGAGACGAAGAGCAUCGACUGGGAAUACGUCUCCAACCCUGCGCCCGAUCUUCACUGUGCUGAGAAACGUGGACUUGGACUUUUCGACCGCCCGGUUCAAUUGGCAGAUGUUACUGGUAAUGGCAAAGCAGACUACCUCUGUGUGGAAAAAGACGGCCGCUCUUCAGGCUAUGUGCACCGCGAUGGGAACAGCUGGGACCACAUCAACCAAUUCAAAUUUGCGGAAGGCAAAGAUCGUGCGAAUCUUCACUGGGCGGAUGUGGAUGGCGAUGGGAAGGCGGACAUGAUUCACACAAACAAGUUCAACGGCGAUGGUGCUGUUUGGUUAAACAAGGGCGAGAAGAAUGUCGGAGGUUCCCAGUUUGAGUGGGACUCUGUUGGUGCCAAGUACCAAGGUGCUGUGGCUGGAUCAUGCACUUACUAUCCUGAUCUAGAUGGAGAUGGACACGCCGAUAUGCAUGCGGUCAAGUAUUCCUGGACCAAUACUGCGGAGACUUGGUUUAGCAAAUGUAGCACUAACAAGGUUGGCGAUGAUGGAGAGAUCAUGGAUCCUCAUCUUCCUGUGAUGCCUUCUUAA